AUGGGUCAGAAAUCAAAACCAGCAGACGACAAUGAUUUCGUAUUUACAUUGUCCGACGACGAAGGCUUCGCCAUUGACGAGACCGAAGAAAUAACCGAAGAAACGACCGAAAUAGAGACCACAUCCAAAACUUCGAAAAAGCGAAAGCGCGAACAGAAUACAACUUCACAACCGUCGAAACAGUCGAAGAAACAGAAGAAGCAACAACAAUCGAAGAAGAGCAGAAAAACAGAGUCUGAAGACGAAGCUGGCGACGAUGUGGAAGAUGAGGAAGCCGAUGAUGGAGAGGAUGAUGGCGUGUUAGAUCCCGAAUUCGAGUUUGAUAUUGGCGGUAAUGCGACGCGGGAUGUUAUUGAGGACUUUGAUGGAUGGGGUCCGGACGAUGGGAAGCAGAAGGCUGCGGGUGGGAAUAAGAAGGCUGUAGAUAUUGAUGAUAUCAUUGCUCGUCGCAAGCAGAGGAAGGUAGAGGAGAUUGAAAAGAAGAGGAGCAAAGCCGAGAAGAAAGGAGAGGAAUUCGAAGGCUUUGACAGCGAGGAGGAGGCUGAUGAAGAGGUGGAUGAGGAGGAAGAAGACGAUGCUGAAAUGCCCGAUUUUGAAGAUGAUGAAUUGCUGGCUGCGGAUGGAUUCGGUAUGGGUGUUGACGGCGCAGAGCCGGAAGAUGACGAGGAUGAAGAGAAUGAUGAAGAUGAGGAAGAGGAUGACGACUCAGAGCCAGAAGACGAUGGCAAUGCUCAUUCUGACGAUGACUCCGGUGCAGAGUCUGACGACUCAGUAGCAUCCCCUGUUGCGCACCCAGACGAUAUAGCGUCCGACGAAGAGUCCGAAUCCGAGAGCGAAAACGCCGAAGAAAUCGCUAAACGAAAAGCGUUCUUUGCACCUGAAGAACCUGCCUCAGCGGAUAAGGAUGCUGAUGAUGCUGCAAACGGCUCUUUCCAGAACUACAACCUCUCUCGUCCUAUUCUUCGAGGUCUCGCAGCUGUGGGGUUCACAAAGCCAACCCCUAUUCAGCGCAAGGCUAUCCCUGUCGCCCUUCUGGGUAAAGAUGUCGUUGGUGGUGCUGUUACAGGUUCCGGUAAAACGGGUGCUUUCAUCAUUCCCAUCCUUGAACGACUUCUGUACAGACCACGCAAAGUGCCUACUAGUCGUGUCGCUAUUCUCAUGCCGACUCGUGAACUCGCCGUGCAGUGCUACAAUGUUGCUACAAAACUUGCGACAUAUACUGAUAUAACCUUCUGUCAACUUAUCGGUGGUUUCAGUUUACGUGAGCAAGAGAACAUUCUUAAGAAACGACCGGAUAUCAUUAUUGCCACACCCGGUCGUUUCAUUGACCACAUGAGAAACUCCUCUAGCUUUACGGUCGAUACACUUGAAAUUCUUGUUCUUGAUGAAGCCGAUCGAAUGUUGGAAGAUGGUUUCGCUGACGAAUUGAAUGAGAUCUUGACUACUAUUCCUAAGUCUCGUCAGACCAUGCUGUUCUCCGCUACCAUGACGGAUUCAGUCGAUAAACUUAUUCGUGUGGGCUUAAACCGUCCGGUUCGCCUGAUGGUGGAUGCGAAGAAGCAGACUGCCGGCACAUUGAUCCAAGAGUUUGUGAGACUGCGACCUGGUCGUGAGGACAAAAGACUUGCUUCACUUAUACAUUUGUGCCAACAAGUCUACACAGCUCGUGUGAUCAUUUUCUUCCGUCAGAAGAAAGAGGCGCAUCGCGUUAGAGUCAUUUUCGGUUUGUUCGGAUUGAAAGCUGCUGAAUUGCAUGGUAGCAUGAGUCAGGAACAGCGUAUCAAAAGUGUUGAAGACUUCCGCGACGGAAAAGUAGCUUUCCUCCUAGCAACAGAUGUCGCUUCUCGUGGUCUUGAUAUCAAAGGCGUCGAAACUGUCAUCAACUACGAAGCACCCCAGACACACGAAAUCUACCUCCAUCGUGUUGGCCGUACUGCUCGUGCCGGUCGUUCCGGUCGAGCAUGCACAUUGGCCGCCGACCCCGACCGAAAAGUCGUCCGCGCAGCAGUCAAAUCCGGCAAAAGCCAAGGAGCCAAAAUCGUCAGCCGAGUCAUUGGAUCUGAAAUCCAGGACAAGCUCGGCCAGGAAAUUGAAGACCUACAAGACGAAAUAGACGCUAUCUUGCGCGAAGAAAAAGAAGAAAAAGAACUAGCGCAAGUCGAAAUGCAAACUUCCAAGGGCGAGAAUUUACUCAGACAUCAGACUGAGAUCAUGUCACGACCAAAACGUACCUGGUUCGAGACGGAAAAGGAGAAGCAAGAAGCACAGAAACGUGGCUUGAUAGAGCUCAACGGUCUCGAUGCGGGCUUGAGUAAGAAGGAGAAGCGGAAAUUGAGCGGGAAGGAAAAGAAGAAGUUGGACGAUAGCAAAGAUCGGAAAGAAGGUAGAAUGUGGAAGAAAGGAAGAAAAGAGCGAGAAAGUAAGAUCGCGCCGCCGAAAAAGGGUGCUGCGAAGAAAGGGGGAAAUAAGGUCAAGGGAAAGAAAAGUAGGAAGUGA